GUCCCGCCCCGAAGGCGGUGCGGGCCAUGGCGGGGGUGGCGGGGCGCGUGCGGCGCCUGGGGCCGCCCGGGGCCGCCUGGGCCCGAGCCGCGCUGCACGAGGCGGCCCCGGCGCGGGAUGUGCUGCUCUUCGAGCACGAGCGCGGCCGCUUCUUCGCCUUCCUGGGCCUCUUCUGCGCCGGCCAGGGCGUCUUCUGGACGUCGCUGGCCGCGGCCGCCUUAGCAGGGCCCGGGGGCGGGGUUCAGGGACCCGAGGCCGAGGGCGGCGUUCAAGGCCCUGGGCGCCGCCCCAGCCCCGGCUCGGCGCUCUGGCGCUACGGACUGGCGGCUGGCUGCGCCUCUGUGGGCUUGCUAGUGCUCUCGGCCGGGCUGCUCUUCUCCCGGCGCUCCGUGCGCUCCGUGCUGCUCCGGAAAGGGGGGCAGCAGGUGACGCUGACCACUCACGCCCCCUUUGGCCUGGGCGCCCAGCUCACCGUGCCCCUGCGCCAGGUGUCCUGCCUGGCCCACCGAGGGGAGGUGCCCGCUGUGCUGCCUCUCAAAGUCAAAGGCCACCGCUUCUAUUUCCUCUUGGAUAAAGCAGGAAACUUCCCCAACCUGAGGCUGUUCGACAUGACGGUGGGAGCCUACAGGAGCCUGUGAGCCCCGGGGAGCCUGCGAACCCCGGCCCCCUUUUCCCCUCUGGAGACCUCGUAACAAAUAAAGAGACGGGAAAGCCCA